CAAACAUAAAAACUCUUGAUUACCAACAUAUUAUUCGAUCCAUAAUUACAUAUCGAUGACAAAAUCCAUUAGUAUUUUGCAAAGUUGUACAAGUAUGAACAAUGCCUGCAAGUCCCAUUAUAGCUCUAAUAGUAGUUUUAGCUUGAAAGAACUUAAUCUCAAAUGCUUUGGAGGCCAACAACAUAGCUUGCCACUUUUCACCUCCAAAAAAGGACGUCUACAUGGUGAUAUAAUUAAGAGGAAGUUUGUGGUAUGCUGCAAUGGUUCCUUGCCUACUCCUCCCUCUUCAAAUCCAUUGAAUGGCUGGGUUAUAGGAAUCCUACUAUCAAUAGCUUUACCAUUCUUCCGCUUCAAAUGGGGUUCAUUAUUGCAAAUCAAAAAUAAGGUGGAAGAUGUAAUAGAAACAAUAGAAGAAGUGGUAGAUGGGGUGGAGAUGAUGGCUGAGAAAAUAGAUGAAGUAGCUGAAAAUAUUGGGAGUGUUUUACCAGAAAGCCAACUCAAAAAUGUUCUUAAAGCUGUUGAAGAUUUCUCAGAAGAUACAGCUGAGGUUGCUCAUGCUGCUGGAGAUAUCAUUGAUCAGAUCCAAGGGGAGGACGUAGAGUUGGUUGAAGAAGUUGAUUUGCCAAAAGAACAACUCAAAGAUCUCUCAGAAAAAACAGCCAAGGUUGCUCAUUCAGCUGAAGAUUUGAAAGAUAAGGUACAAGAGGUGGGGCUUAAAGCGGAAGAGAUCUCAGAGAAGAAGUUGGUUGAAUCCGUUAAAGAGGAGGCCAAUAAAAGUUUAUAACACCUUGUAUUAAAAUAAAUAUAGGUCCCUCUAUAUAGGUUUAUAACACUUCUAGUCAUUUGAUUUUUGAUAAAUACUAAUAGUAGUUUUAAUUCU